AUGAAGCUCGAUAUAUCGUGUUUUUGUUUUUUAUCCAAAAACGAGUAUAGAGUGCUCACAGCUAUAGAAAUGGGUAUGAAAAACCAUGAAUACUUAGACGUCCAAUUAAUAGCUAGUAUUGCAAAUUUAAGGAAAGAAGGUAUAAUGAGUGUAUUAAAAAAAUUGUUAAAAAAUAAAUUAAUAAGUCAUGAGAAUAAAAUAUAUGAUGGAUAUAAAUUAACAUACUUAGGUUACGAUUUUUUAGCUUUAAGAGCUUUCUUAAAUAGAGGUAUAUUAAAAAGUGUAGGAAAUCAAAUAGGUGUAGGAAAAGAAUCAGAUAUAUAUAUAUGUAAAGAUGUAAAUGAUAAUUUAUUAUGUUUAAAAAUUCAUAGAUUAGGUAGAAUAUCAUUUAGAACUAUAAAAAAUAAUAGAGAUUAUUAUGGAAAAAAAAAAUUUCGAAAUUGGCUAUAUUUAUCAAAAAUAGCUGCAACAAAAGAAUAUGCAUAUUUAAAAGCAUUAUAUGAAAAUGAUUUUCCUGUUCCUAAACCAUAUGAUUUAAACAGACAUAUGAUUUUAAUGUCUUAUGUAAAUGGAUAUCCAUUAUCUCAUGUAAAAAUAAGUAACCCUUUUAAAGUAAUUGAUUUUUUGUUAAAUACUAUUAUAAAAUUUGCAAGAUCAGAUAUAAUUCAUGGUGAUUUUAAUGAAUUUAAUAUAUUAAUUGAUGAUAAUGAAAAUAUAACAAUUAUCGAUUUUCCUCAAAUAGUUUCAUUACAUCAUGAAAAUGGGAAAAUGUAUUUUGAAAGAGAUGUAAAAUGUGUUAUUAAUCAUUUUUAUAAAAAAUAUAAAAUAAGAAUCGAAGAUUAUCCAUUAUAUGAAGAUAUUGCAUCUUUAGAGAAUGAAAAAAUUAUAAAAGAUGAGAAUAAUAUUUCAAGUAAACAUGAUAAUGCACUUUUAGAAAUUUUACAAAAUGAUAAAUCGGAUUAUGAAACUAAUUUAUCUGAUACCGAAUCAACUAUAACAGUUCAAAAUGAUGACAAACCAACUAACAAUAUAACAGAACUAGAUAAAGAUAUAAAAUUACAACAUGAAAAUGAUAAUACAACUGAAGAAAAUUCAAAAAAAAGUGAAAAAGUUUCUGUUUUAAAAAAUAGUAAAGAUGAUGCUUUUAGUGAUAUAUCAACGAAUUAUUUAAAUGACAGUUUAGAUAAUCAAUAUAAAGAUGUUUAUGAAAAUAUUCAGGAAAGAGAAACUGAAAAUAAUAAAUUAUAUAAAAGAGAAGAUACCAUUAAUGAAAAUGUUGAUAAUAUAUUGGAAAAAAAAAAUAAAGAAAGAAUUUUAAAUUCGUCAAAUAGUAUAUCUGAUAAAGAAAAUGAUACUCCAAAUUUAGUUGAUAAAAGUUGUAGUAAUAAAAAAAAUUAUGAACUUGAUGAUAAUUAUGAAGACCUUCUCAGUGAACAAAAGGCUAGUCCACAAAAUAGGGAGCAUAAUCAAACUAGCGAUAGUGAUGAUAACUUAUAUGAUGAAAAUUCAAGUAAUGAAACAAGUGAUAAUAAUGAGAAUGAUUUAACGGAGUAUUCUAGUUGUGAUUCAAGUAAUAGUCAAUCUGGGGAAACAAAAAAAAAAUUAUCUGAUACUUGGAAUCCACAUAUUAAAAAAUAUACCAAAGAAUAUGCAAAAAGCAAAUUAAAAUAUAUGGAUAGGAAAAAAAAAAAAAAGGAAAAAUUUAAGGAAAAUUUAAAAACAAAAAAUAAAAAAAAGUUGAUGGAAAAAAUUAAAAACUACAUGUAG